CGUUGCGUGCACUGUCCACGCUCGUUCGUUGUUGCUCGUAGUGUAGUUAUACGUGUACAAACUGUACGUGAUCACGUGAAAUUGGUGGCGUUACACAGGAGACACCGGUGGAAGUGGCAUUAUGAGGGGCAACGUGUUCGACUGGGCACGACUGGCGCUACUGCUCCUCCAAGCAUCAUUCGUGCUGAGUCGAAUUGCCUUUGAGAAGCUCACAGAUGUCGACUUCCCCGGCACCGCGUACUACACCGUGCGGAACCUGUCGCUCUACGAGUGCCAGGGCUGGUGCAGAGAGGAGAACGACUGCCAGGCGGCUGCCUUCAGUUUUGUCCUCAACCCCCUGACUCCAGUGCAAGAGACCAGAUGUUUGCUACAAAACGAUACCCAAGCAAACAAUCCUAUGGCUACUCCAACGCGAUCUGUAAACACGUAUUACAUGGUCAAGCUGACGGUGCGGUCGGAGCAUGUCUGCCUCAGGCCGUGGGCGUUCGAGCGAGUGCCGGGCAAGGCUCUGCGGGGACUAGACAAUACCAUAAUCUACACUUCAACCAAAGAGGCCUGCCUCUCUGCCUGCCUCAAUGAGAAACGGUUCCCGUGUCGUUCGGCGGAGUACGAGUACGGCAGCAUGCGGUGUGCCCUCAGCGACUCCGACCGCCGCACCGCGCAGCACUUCGUGCAGCUCGUCGACACACCUGGAACUGACUACUUUGAGAACCUGUGCCUGAAGGCGUCGCAGGCUUGUAAGGGCCCGAGAGUGUUCACGGCGCCGAGGGUCGGCGUGGCGGAGGACAAAGUGGCGCAGUACGCCGGAUUACACUACUACACCGAUAAGGAGCUGCAGGUGACGUCCGAAGCGGCCUGUCGUCUGGCCUGUGAGAUCGAAUCGGAGUUCCUCUGCCGCUCUUUUCUAUACCUGGGUGCUCCUCACUCCGCCGCCUACAACUGCCGGUUGUACCACCUCGACCACCACACCCUGCCUGAUGGACCAUCAGCCUACCUGAACGCUGAGAGACCGCUGAUCGACGACGGCGAACCCAUUGGCAAAUACUUCGAGAACUUCUGUGAGAAGCCGCCAGCGAACGCGAAUCCCAGUGGAGAGCUGCCAGUGACGAUUGACCAUCAACAAGACACCACCGUCAACAGCAACCUGACCAGAACUGAUGCCAACUGCGAUAAGACUGGCACUUGUUAUGACGUAUCCGUCCACUGCAAGGACACGCGCAUCGCGGUGCAAGUCCGCACCAACAAGCCGUUCAACGGCCGCAUCUACGCGCUCGGCCGCUCCGAGACGUGCAACAUCGACGUCGUCAACAGUGACCUCUUCCGCCUCGACCUCACCAUGGCCGGCCAGGACUGUAACACGCAGAGUGUGACUGGCGUGUACUCGAACACAGUUGUUCUUCAACACCACAGCGUAGUGAUGACGAAGGCAGACAAGAUCUACAAGGUGAAGUGUACAUACGACAUGAGCUCAAAGAACAUCACAUUUGGCAUGGUGCCCAUCAGAGAUCCGGAGAUGAUAUCGAUCACUGCGGCGCCCGAGGCCCCGCCGCCGCGCAUCCGCAUCCUGGACGGCCGGCAGCGCGAGGUGGAGACCGUGCGCAUCGGAGACAGGCUCACCUUCCGCAUCGAGAUCCCGGAGGACACUCCUUACGGCAUCUUUGCUCGCAGCUGUGUUGCCAUGGCCAAGGAUUCGAAGAGCACCUUCCAGAUUAUUGAUGAUGAAGGUUGUCCGGUGGACCCGUCCAUCUUCCCGUCGUUCACACCGGACGGCAACGCGCUGCAGUCAGUGUACGAGGCGUUCCGCUUCACCGAGUCCUACGGCGUCAUCUUCCAGUGCAACGUCAAGUACUGCCUUGGACCAUGCGAGCCGGCCGUCUGUGAAUGGGGUAGAGAGUCCAUCGAGUCGUGGGGCAGGAAGCGUCGUUCGCUGCCUCACAACGAGACCGAAGCUCACCAGGAGGAGGACAUGAACAUCUCCCAGGAGAUUCUGGUGUUGGACUUCGGCGAUGAGCGACAGAGCACCGACUUUCUGAGGUCCGACAAACCGGGUGGUACGGCUUCCGAGGCUAACUUUGGAGAAAAAACGGUGACCAUCGUAGAGCCAUGUCCAAGCAAAGCGUCCGUGUUGCUUCUCGGAGUAGCCUGCGCGAUGCUGGUUCUUCUUUACAUUGCGACAAUCUUCUGUUACUACAUGCGCAAGUGGCUUACUCCGCCCAAGCACAUAUAACUUUAUGAGAAUAUUCAUAUGUGAUAAAACUAGGUAACAUUCCGUCCGAUAGCUUAGCAAUGAGAUUUGUAAGCAGGUAAACAGAUUUGACAUUUCAUAGUUUAAAUAAUUCCAAUAGAGGGCGCCUCAAAAA